AUGGUAUUGUGGUAUGUGACUACAAAUCUUGGAGCUGAUGAAAAAAACCGGGAUACUGUUAAAGACCAAACAUGUUCAGUUGCCGAAGUAGCUGGUGAUCAGACGCUUGUUUCACGUAUAGGUGACAAACGUCACACGAACAGCACUUCAAGACGUCCGAGCGGCAUGACAAAGACUAAUGAUAACGUGCAUGAAGGUGGAACUUGUAAAACAAACGAGUCCACAGUUUCAACACGUGUAGUUGAUGACCAAACUAAAAAAGAUGGUAAGAGAAAGGCAAAUCGCGAUGUGUCAUGCGCGAAGCGCGUGAAGAUUGUGCCAACAUCGAACCAACCUGAUAGUAGUGAUGAUUUCGUGGAAGAAUGCCCUCGUACGCGUCAUGUCAAGUCGACCAUCAAGCAUAAGGGUGAGGGUAAAGUGCCGACAUUUGUUCAAGAAUUCACAUCUAAAACCCGGAUUCUUGCAAAUAUUGGAGUUGAAAUAUUACGGCUUGUCGAGAAGGCUCCAUAG